AUGUUUGGCAACAGCAGCCUCCCCCCGGCCCUCGCUGCCCGGCUGCAGGGCGCCGUCGACGCCGGCCUGAUCGAGGCGAACGCGCUCGACCCCAAGGUCCUCCAGGACCUCGCCGCGCUGCCCGAGCCGCUCGCGGCCGUGGUCGUCGACAGAUUUCUCGCCAGCAACCUGGCCUCCGUGCGGAACCCGUCGGCGUUCCUCGUGGGCGUCAUCUCGCGCUGCCGCGGCGAGCAGUGCACAAAUCAAAGCGUCGCGACGCGUCUUCGCCAGUGCUGCAUCGUGGCCUCCGCGCCAUCGACGCGCCGCCAGCUCGAUGGCGUGGCGUUGUGGCCUACGGCCGCUCGUUCCGGCCGACGCAGCCGCGUUCUCGCCGAGAAGGGACGUCGUCGAGAAUUGUCGCGCGCGCCCGGCUCACCGGUCGAUUCGCGCAGGCGGCGAGCUCCCGGGCGCGGGCCCGGGGACCGCGCCCGCGCCCGCCGCCGCGUUCGCGGGCUUCUCCGAGGCCGCGCAGCUCAUGGGCAGCACAGCCGUGACGUCCACGGGCGUGCCCCAGAACGCGAACCCGCUGCUCGCGCCCUCGCGGACGAUCCACGUGGGCAACCUGAGCCCCGGCGCGUCGCCGGCCGUGCUGCGCCAGAUCUUCGAGUGCAUCGGGGGCGUGCGCGACGUGCGCGUGGCCGGCGACGGCCGCUACGGCUUCGUCGACUUCCUCGACGCGGCCGCGGCCGAGGCGGCGGUGGCGAUGAACGGGACGAUGGUCUGCGGCGCCGCGCUGCGCGUCGAGAAGGCCAUGCAGCCGCGGCUCUUCGCGCAGUCGAACCAGCCGACGCCGCUGCCGCCCGCGGGCGCGCGCGACCCCGCCGCGGCGCUGCUCGCGUUCCGCGCGACGCAGGCGUCGGCGCUGCGCGCCGGCGAGGCGGGCGGCCCCGCGCCCGGGGCCGGCCUCGCCGGCGUCACGUCGCCCGCCGUCCUGGCCGCGCUCGCGCGCGCGGGCGCCGGCGGGGGCGCGCCGGCGCCCCCCGCGGGGCCGGACCCGGCGCUCGCGUUCCUGAACCCGGCGCAGCAGCGCGCCGCGCGGGAGGCGCAGCACCGCGAGCGCCUCGCGGCGGCGCCGAGCAUCGGCGGCUGGGGCGUCGCCAAGCGCCGCGACGAGACGUCGUCGUCGUCGGACGAGUCCUCGGACUCCUCCGACGCGUCCCGCGGCCGCAAGCGCCGCCGCCGCCGCCGCGACCGUGGGCGCGCCCGCCGCCGCUCGCGCUCGCGCUCGCGCUCGCGCUCGCGCCGCGAGCGCCGGCGGGGCCGAUAG